GCGAGGCCGCUGGUGGAGCUCGCAGCUCUUUCCUACAGUAGGGAGGUACUCCGCUCUGGCCCCGCUGGCUGACGCUGCGCUCGCUCUUCUCCGUAGACGGAUGAUCCGAUCGAAAAGGGCCGUCCGAAUCCCCGAAUACAUUCGACCCCGACACAAACCGCGUUUACAGUAACCCUGGGAUUUCCAUCCGUUCGUCGCAGCUCCAUGGUGACCCGAUACUGAUUUUUAAAGAGGAGGGCAUUCACUGGUUCAGCCGGAGAGGAUUCUUGCUGCACAAGCAGGGCUGAAAGAUGUGCAAUGGAAUGGUAGCGUGUGAGACAAGAGCCUCGCUCGCUCACAGGGUGGCCGCUACAUCCCUGCUGCUCCUCCUCCUCGGCAUGCUCCCCACAGGCCAAGCUUCAGGUUGUCCCAGACCCUCAGUUGUGCCUCAUGGCCGUGGGAACCUGACAGAAACAAAUCGCGGCUCCUUCUCUGUUGGCACGCUGCUACAAUACAGCUGUGAUCCAGGAUACACGCUGGAUGGCUACAGCAUCAUCACCUGCACCGUCUCAGGCCACUGGUCCUCGGAUCCGCCUCGCUGUGUUAAAAAUGACGUUUGUCAGCCACCAAGUGAGCCGGAGAACGGAGGAUAUAACUGCCACCCCUCGCCGUGCCACAGACUGACCCAGGGCACCGUGAUCGAGUACUUCUGUGAUGAGGGUUACAUUUUGAAAGGAGGAUACCAAUUCCGAACCUGUGACAAUGGAGAGUGGAAGUCGUCCAUGCAGAUCAGCUGUCACCCUGUUAAAGAAGAGGAGCAGCAGUCCCCGCUGCCAAUGCCGGCUCUGUCUAUUGUGGCCUCCACUGCCAGCUCUGUGGCCCUCAUCCUGCUGCUGGUGGUGCUGUUUGUUUUGCUUCAGCCCAAACUGAAGUCCUUCCACCACAGCCGCAGCCGGGAGCAGGGUGUGUCAGGACAGCCUACCUCCAUCAUGGUGGAGGGCGUUCAGGUCUCGCUGCCCUCCUACGAAGAGGCAGUGUAUGGCGCAGGCGGCAGUUCUGUGCCCCCUCCUGAGUCCCGGGUUCAGAUCGUGCUUUCGGAGGGCCCUCAGGCCGAGGGUUUGAACGAACCUCUUGAACAGGCUCAGGCGAGCUACAGUUUUCCCUCCACCUCGACAGCUGCGUCCUCGUGUCACGCAGAGACUGUAUUGGUUCACCAGGUGCCCUCUUCCUCCUCUCCAUCCUCCUCUUCCUCUCCCUCCUGGGCUGCUGAGCAGCCUGGUGCCGCUGCACCUCUCCACCGCAGGCAGAGCAGCGAGAGCAGCGAUCAGCACAGCUUGCUUUCGGUCACCUCUGCCGAAGACUAUGGCGAUGAUAUUCCAUUGCUUAAGGAAGCCUGAGUGUGUGUGCAGUCACCCCUCUCUCUGUCAUCGCUGGCCAGGACUGUAACCCCUAAAGCUUCUCACCAAACACGUACCCCGCAGCCACCCGUCAGAACGCAGCAGUAAACAAGAUCCGACAGCUGUCCCUCUGCCAACAAAUCGCCCGCUCCUGGGGUCUACAAGCAGCAGCAUGGCCCACCCCGCCCACCCCCGAGGAGUCCGGCAGCUCUCUUCACAGGAAGAACCUUCGACCGGAUGACCCCUCGAAGGGUUACGCAAAUGUUUAACACGUCGCAGGUGCGCUAAUAAUCAGUUGCACUCACCGGCUUACCUCGUCACGGCGAGGAUUCACUAAUUACAAAUGAAUGCAUUCAGAUUACGUUGUGGACCUCUGCUCCGUCAAUGACUGUGACCUCUUGCGAAGGGGAGAGUUCAGCAAGGAUUUGCUAAGCCAGGCCCUUUUCUCUUUGAUGCUGCAUGUUCUGUGCAAUUUCUUUUUUCUGUUUCGUUUUACGCGCGUACACACAGGAGCACGGCACAAUCGAAGCAUGACGCAUAGCACCAUCUCCACCAUCUCCUUGCGCGAGACGCAGGGUUGAACUGAUUUACAUUUGUACUGUAUUCAAAGACAUGCUUGCCUUUUUAUUUGUCGAGAAGUACCUGCGCUGUGCUCUGCGCGUGUGUGUGUAUGUGUGCGUUUCUGAUGCCUGUGUGACUGUGGCCGUUGUGAUUCAAAGAGGGCUGAAGUAUCAUCUAGGCUUCUUUUCCCCAAAAUAGGAAACAUUUUCAAUACCUCCAUUUUCUAAUUGAGAUGUUAUUUAACUAGAAUGGAUGUUUCUUGUCUGUUUGUCCAAAGUGAGGAAGAGAUACUUUGUGUUAGAAGCCGUGAGAUUACUGUUCUCACUCUUCCUUUUAAAGCAAGUGUAUCUCUCUCAUGUUUAUGUGUUGCACGUUUAAAAAAAAAAAAAAAAAAAAAAAAAGUUAAUUUUUUUUUUUUUUUUUUUUUUUUUUUUUUAAAUCACUUAUGUUCUUACUCCAAGGGAACAUUUUUGAGUGUUGACUAAGUUUGUUAUUGGGCUAUUCUUUAAGAGCUUUGACUCGGACUUAUAAUAUUUGGAUUUGAGCAAGUUUAAUUCACUUUUAAUGAAUGAAAAUUAAACCAAGUGUUUUGCAUUUGAAUGGUUUGUAAAGUCAACGGUGUGGCUAAUAUUUUAACGAUGACUAUCAAGGAUAGGUUUUUCUUAAUAAAUCACUUGCCAUGUGCUAUUACAAUGGUAUUUGUAAGGAGAUUAUAUCCGAUAUCCUGUAAGAUCCUAAAUAUGUUGUGCAUUGCAUUAAUGCACUGUAUAGACACUUUUUCCAAUUAAAUAUUUAAUUCUUUUUAGUACAUAUGAAAGCUCCAGAAAAUGGCCUUGUUCUUCGCUCAAAAGCGUUCUUUUGGCAAACGGACAUUUAAAAAAAACCAAUGAAUCUUUUGUUUGAGUUUGCGUUUAUUUUUUUUGUCCUUUCCCAUUGCCACCUUAUGUGUAUAUCCCCUGUGGUUGACUCAGAAUUCUGAGAAUUUGUCAUCAUGCAUUAAAUAUAUAUAUUUUUAUGUGUCUGACUUCGGAGAGAGAGGGCCGUUUGCCUAUCUGCACAUCCUCAGUUUUGUGUUCCUGGCUUGUUUUUGUAAAUUUGAUUUACAUUUUUUCAUGCAAACUGAAGGCAAAAUAUUACUGCUGCCUUAAAACUUGUACAUUUCAUACAUUUCUCACUUUGUAAUCGUGUUUCUUCCAUCUCACUGGCUUUAUGGUAAUUUGUCUUCAGUUUCCUUAUGGCCUUACUUUUUCUUUUCUAUGCAUUAAACAUUGUCUUGUUUUUUCAGACAUGGGGUUUUACUCCUUUUGGAGGAUGUGACAUAAGAUUGUCCACCCGUACUUCCCCCAGAAGCUUUUUUUUUUUUUUUUUUUUUUUUUCCCAGUAAACAUGAAAUAUUUCUCUUGUUUAUCAGUUUCAUUCAAAGGAUGUUUUUAAAUUUAAAAACAAAGGACGCAAGUAAAAAUGGAUACCUAGGAUGUGUGUGAAACACUGUUGUACGGUGUUUUUCUGCAAAUGUAAUUUAAGUUGACUCAUCCACCAAGCUCCCCAUCCCUAUUACACUUCUUUUGAUUUUCCUCUGUACAUUGCUGUGGGUGUGAAGAUAGUAUUUUAAUAUUUGUAUAAAGUUUAAUUUAAUUCUACAGUGUGUAUAUAACUAUUUCUAAUUAAAGCUUUCAUUUGAAGUGCUCAAAA